AUGUCUCUAACCAGCAUUGAGCAGCAGGUGCAGCUCACCUUCUGCGAGGAGCAGAUAACUGGGAUACCGGGGGAUGACACGUUAGAGCCAAUUGCAGAACAAGGCUUUGGAAAGCACUUGUUGUGGGCGUUGUUCACCUACAUCUCAGGGCCAACCCAGUUCCCAGAGUUCUCCAUGGUUCUGAUGCUGGAUGACAUCCAGGUGGGGUACUAUGACUCAGACGCAGACCAAUUGAUAAAGGUUGGUGGUGGAGGUGAGAAAGGGACUGAGUUUGACCUGGGACAGGUAGCCUUGGAUGUGCUGCUGCAGAAUAGGAUGGAGAUGAGGAGGAGGUUGGAUAUAGUCAGAAAACAGCUGAACCUGACCUCUCCAGGCGUCUACGUUCAACAGAGGAUGGUGGUUUGUGAGGUCCAGGCAGACAGUCAGCCUGAUUUCAUCACGGUCAGGAAUGUUGCAAAUGGUCAUGAUGCCGACAGCGUGCAGUAUAACACGACCCACUUCCUGUACGGCGAUGUACGAGCAAAUGUGUUUCUCAAACAUCUUCUUGCCCGGACUCUCCAACACCUGCUGGAGAUCAACAAGCACCUGGUGAUGCGUCGUGUUCGACCUCGACUACGCCUCCUAUCACAGCCGGGGGGGGGCCGGGCCCAGAUCACCUGUCUGGCCACAGACUUCUACCCUCGACACAUCAACCUGACGUUGCUGCGGGACGGUGAACCCGUGGACGAGGACCAAAUGACCGUUGGCUCGGUGCUGCCCAACGGCAACGGUCUCUACCAGCUGAGGAAGACGCUGGUGGUGGAUGAAGAGGAGCUGCAGAGGAAGCACAAGUACACCUGUGCAGCGUCUCACCUGAGUCUGGACAACAGGCUGGAUUUGCUGCUGCUGGUGCUGAUCAUGAAGAUAAGGAAGAGUUCAGGGUCAGAGGGCAUCUCCAUGGAAACACAGGAGAGUCCUGGAGCCAGCACUGAUGAGGGAUCGGAGCCAGGGGUGGAGGACCGGGACGUGACGGUUUCACCGAAGCAGUUUUACUCCAAAUAA